UCGAAAAUUAAGUUCACCACCGGCACCUGUACCGAUGCGACGGUGCAUAGCUGCGAGCUGUGCGGCAAAGGCUUUCGCUUGCAGCGGAUGCUCAACCGUCACAUCAAGUGUCACAGCCAGGUGAAGAGACACUUGUGCACCUUCUGCGGAAAAGGCUUCAAUGACACCUUUGAUCUGAAAAGACAUGUCCGCACCCAUACCGGAAUUCGCCCUUACAAAUGCGAGGUUUGCAACAAGGCCUUCACCCAGCGCUGUUCCCUGGAGUCCCACCUGAAGAAGAUUCACGGUGUGCAGCAGCAAUACGCCUACAAACAGAGGCGAGAUAAACUUUACGUGUGCGAAGACUGCGGCUAUACGGGCCCCACGCAGGAGGACCUGUACCUGCACGUUAGUAAUGUUCACCCUGGAAGCGCUUUCCUGAAAAAAACCUCAAAAAAACUUGCGGCGGUUUUGCAGAACAAACUGAGCCCUGUCCUGCAGAGGAACUCCAAAGAUGACGACAAAGAUGAGUAACGCGGUGGAUUACAGUGGUCUGAUGGAAUGAAGUUUACAUGUAGGACUAUAUAUAUAUAUUAUUUUUUUAAAAACAGUUUUUGAAAGAAGUCCU